AUGCUUGAGAUUAUAUGGAGGCCAGGCCGAGUGAAGAACCCAACAGCCCAGUCGAGAGCUCGGCGAACAGGAGGUGGAGGUACGAGUAGGCGAUGCGUGAGUUGUGUCGAGGUUCGUGCUGCCGUCAAAGAGCUCGUGCAAUCGCCAGCAAAUUUCCGGGCCUCACUGAAUUAUAAAGUCAAAGCAACAUUUUUUGAGGUUUUGUGCACAAGCCCAAACAAGAAGGUUCAACAUCCACUUCCUGAUGUAGUAAAAUCAAUACUGGCUGCUCAUGCCAGAAGAAACAAGGGGAAAACACUAAAAAAUAGUUGCAAUCAGGAUGAACAAGUCAUUUGUAAAAGAGAAGCAUCUGAGAGGGCACAACAAGAUGGAAGCUCACCUCUCAGGUCCAUGGCCACCAAAACGGGGGCAGCAGUUGUGGCAAUGGAGGAGAGGAACAGAUGGAGAAGGGGAGGUCAAGGGGGGAGGUUUGGGGGUUACGACUAGGAAAGGGAAGGACAAUUUGGUGCGUCAGCGUGAGCCAAGGCAGGCUAAUGUCAUAGGGGGAGCAAUAGUUAAUAUUGUGACAGACUCGCCCCUGGGGCCAUGUGCAGUAGUUAAUGUCAUAGGGGGCCAUUUCUUUCCUUUUUGGGUUUGCCAGCUGGAUCCGGAAAGAGGUCCACUACUAAUUCUAGGGUGUGUGUUGUGGACCGCUAGCCAGCCAACGGUUGCUAGCUAGCCGCGUCCUUUUUAUAAUAUCAAGAAUAAGGAUACAAUAGUAUAGUUGAGUUUUCAGAAAAA